ACCCUCCUCCUCCCUCCCCUAUCCUCUCGCUCGCUCUCCUCUUCUCCACGCUCCCAGCGCCAAAUCCCAGCAGCUUCCCCGCACGCCGCGAAUGGCGCCUCCCGCCACUGCCUCCGCCUCCGCCUCGGCACCGGUCUCCCUCCUCUUCCUCUCCCUCCCGCUCUCCCCUUCCUCGUGUCGCGGCCUCCCCGCGCCACACACCCACCUCCCCCCGCGCCGCCUCGCGCUCGCGCCGGCCCGUCUUGGCGCCGCGCUGCUCUCCAGCCUCGGCGACGCGCAGGAGGAGGAGGAGUACGAUGACGAGGAGGAGGAAGAGCUAGUGGUGGUGGGAUACGUGAGCGGCGCGCACGGGGUUCGCGGCGACGUCCUCGUGUCGCCCCGCACCGACUUCCCCCAACUCCGCUUUGCCACGCCGGGGAAGAGAUGGCUGAGGGCCCGUGCCGCUGGGAAGCAGCAGGUAAAGGAAUUUGAGCUUGUUCGAGGAAGAGCUCAUACCGGGAAGAAGAGUUGGAUCGUCACCUUUGAUGGGGUCGAUUCCGUGGAUGAGGCCAGGCAAAUAGUUGGUUCAGCUAUACUUGUGAAAGUUGGGGAUAGACCAAAAAUGGAGGAAGAUGAAAUCUAUUCACUUGAUCUUGUUGGCAUGAGAGUUAUUGUCAAGGACACGGGCAAGCUUGUUGGAACAGUUGGUCAGGUUUUCAACUUUGGAGCUGGUGAUCUUCUACAGGUUAUGGUUGGUGGCACUGAGGAUACUGUUUCUCAGCCAAAUUCAGAAAAUCAAGGUUCCACCCCAUCUGGUGAGCAUGUGUGGAUUCCAUUUGCUGAGGAUAUUGUACCUGAUAUUGAUAUGGAGAGUAGAGAAAUGUGGAUUACACCUCCAAAGGGGCUUCUUGAGCUCAACGCGCGUUCUGAUAAGAGAUCAAAGAAAGAAAGGCGUGCUAUGGAAUGGAAGGAAAAGAAGAGGUUACAGCGUCGUGUAAUUGCAGCAAAGAAGAUACUAUCUGAAAUGGACCAGGGUCAUGUUCUGGAAGGUUUGCUAUCUGGGGACAAGGUUCAGAAGGCUUCACUUGCAGAACAGAUUGGGUCCAUUGACUUUCAGUUGUUCCGACAUGCAAUGCAUAGUGUUAGCAGACCAAUUGGCAGCUUGUCAAAAGAUGUCUUUGUCAAAUCCUCUUCAUCGAGGAAAAAAUUGAUGAGAAUACCUUACGAAACCCUCUUGAACCAUGAAGAGAAUGCGAACUUCGCUAGUGAACUCAAUGAAGGCGCUGGGAUCAUUCAGAAGUCGAAAGCAGCCACCAUACUUAUUACAAAUGACUCUGAUACCCUGGAUGCUGAGUUUCAGGGAUUGCUUAAUUCUUUUAAUAAGUUAAUGAAGGUUGAAGAAACCCGAGGCUCUAUCCCUUUUGUUAUUGUUUGUCCUGCUGGUCAUGUGGGGUCAGUUCAGAAUUGUUUGGUAGAGAAUGACUAUUUUGGUUUAGACACUCAGAAGGUAUGGGUUCUGGAAGAAAUGAAACUUCCGAUUGUCAGUAUGUCCUCUAAGCUAAACAGCAGGAAGAUUCUGUUGAAGUCUCCAUGGGAGAUACUACAGAAGCCAGCAGGAACUGGGGUGAUUUUCAGCUUGCUAUCAUCAAAUAAAAUUUUAGAUACUCUAAAUGAAAUGGGUGUGGAGUAUGUACAGAUAUGCAGCUUAUCCAAUAAGCCAAACCUUGGGCAUCCGUUGCUGUUUGGGGCUGUCAGCUCCUUUGGCGCGGAUGCUGGCCUCAUGCUUCGCAAGAGCAGCAAGGAAACAGAAGAUGAUUUUGAUCUGAUUCUUUCCAUGAACCACGUAAACAAGAUGUGCAGAGAUGUUACUAAGCUCAGGUUCUCUGCGCAGCAGGAGCAACAUGUGCACGUCGAGCAUGUCGAUGGCCAAUGGGUCGAUGUCCAACCAGAGGCAACGAACUGUCAUCGCUUGCAUGCAGAGGUCACUAGUGUCUUGAACUACUGCUCUCCUGACAAGGUGUGUGUCAUAGAGAUUGUCCAGCAAUAGGUUCUACCUGACAAGGUGUAUCAUAGAAAUACAGUAAGCACAAGGUAGUAGUUUUGUUUUUGAGAAGUGUUGGAUGGUAGAUUUAACACCAGUUGACCCAUUCAUGUGCGGCCUACUUGUAUGUUCUUCGGCAAAUGCCACAGAGAAAGAUGGCCCGCUAGAAUAUGGGUCGUGAAUAAUAUUUGUGGCUUGAUCCACUUAGGAGUUUGGACAUCAAAAUUCAACGAAUGAUAUUUUUGCAAUCCAAUUUGUCCGUCA